UCAUCACAUUCUGGGCAAAAGAGCCCUUCUACAGUAAACGCCAUUCUAAUACCAUCGUGUGCAUUGCCUAUUGUAAACACCUUGUCAGAAGUUUUCUGAAAUAAGAGUAUCACAAUGCAAUUGGUCUACAACUCUUUGCAGAUUAUUGCCUUUGGGAUUCUUGUAGCAAUUUAUGGAUUAGUUGUAGCAAACCCAUUAGCAGCCAGGGAUGAAGUCCAGCGUGGUGCCUGCCCAGAAGAUUAUUCUCCGUGUUCGUGCGAUCUAACUUCCAAUGGACUAGAAGUCGUUUGUGCUGACGUAUCCCUAGAAAACAUCCAUGAUGUUUUUUAUCGGACUCAAAGUCUCUAUCUUUAUUCGGUGUUGUUGACGGUCACCUCCUUUUCGGGCACGGUCAUGUUGCCUCCCGAUGUUCUGAAAGACAAACGAGCUCAACACAUUUAUCUGAGAUGUCCAUCAACUUCAGCCAAACUUAAUUUAAUUAUCGAUUCAGCUUCUUUUGAAUUUACACGUUUCAACACGACUAUCUUUGAAAUUCACGACUGCGAUCUUUCAGCUCAAGCGGACAUGAAUUUCUUAAAAGGUUUCGUAGUUCUCCAUACCCUGAGCAUUGUAAACACAUGGAAUGUUGAUGCCAUUGUGAGCCUACCUACUAGCACCUUACUCGCCAUCAAGGAACUGACCAUCUCACGUUGCACGGGAUUGGGAAACGUCGUUUUUCCCGACUUGACUCCAGCCAGAUUAGAACGGCUAUAUCUCGACGGCAACAACUUGGACGAUCCGCAAGUCAAUAACAUUUUAAUCUCGAUUGGCAGUUCUUCGUCGUCCAGUUCGUUGGAACAACUGUCUUUAGCGGGCAACGCGUUGUCCAAAGUGCCGAGGAUCGCCGCGUUCUCGCAAUUGGUUACGUACGAAGUGUCCAACAACGACAUCGCGUUUAUGAGCCUAUCGACGUUGAUUUUCAGCUCUCCCGUCCACUUUCUCGGCCUUAAAAAUGUUUCGCUGACAGCCAUCGAAGGCGGUGCUUUUCAAGGUAACUACACGUAUGCCCAGGUGAACUUGGAGAACAACAAAUUGACUGCCUUCAGGGAGGACGUAUUCAAAUCGAUGCUGCAACAGAUGACGGUUCAACCACCUGCCGUAGGAGGCCAAGUCAUUGUUACUGGAAAUCCAUUCGACUGUGGCUGCGGAUUAGCCUGGCUGAUUCGCGACAAUCAACCUCUUAUCCCUAGCGUCAAAAACGGAGUUUGCGGUGGAUUCUUUAGAUUCGAAGACCUCAAUCCCGAUGCUUACGCAAAUUGUUAGACACGUUUGAUAUUGAAGCAACAACACGUUUCCUUAAACGACUUGUAGAAAGUUCCAGACGAUGUACGGGAAAAUGUAGAACAUGAGGGCAAAAUCUAUACGACGUAAGGUUCUUUUAUCAACGUCAAUUAUGGUUUUUGAAGAUAUUGAUGGCAACCACUUCCUUCCCUUGAAGUUGGUGGCACAUUAUCCUCAUAGUUAUCAUACUCUAUAUUUCCGUUAAUUAACGGAGUGAGGCAGGACGUGCGCAUUUGGGUUUCUAGACGGAAAUUUGAGGUCUGGGAAUGUUAAUUCAUAAUGGCACUAGGUACUUCAUUCUAUUUGCGUCAUUGUAUUUACUUCAAUUAGAAAUGACAGACUGUCAACGAAACCCACAUAAGGUCUGUAAACGUUUAUCGAAAACAUGUUUCAUGUUAUGUUGAAACAGCGUAGAUCCUUGAGCACGCCCCUUAGGCCCUUUUCGAGGCCGAAAUGCCUAACAUUCAUCAAAUUCAUUUGCAUAAUCCAGCAAAGGUGCGAUUGGGAAGAAGGACUGCUGGUCGUGGUCGACAACUAUUAAAUCGAUACAGUUACGAAUGACGAAGAAGAGUUUUAAGUUUUGAAUUGUAUACAGUAAAUGGUUGUGGAGAUGUUGUUUUGGGGGAAAUGGCUGGAAUUGGUGUCGCCCCGGUUGCAGUCGGUGUGACUGUUGGUUGGACGGUGACAAAGGACACAGUUUUUGAUUCCGUCUUGACCCAAAAUGUAUUGAAUUCUUGUACAAAAGUGGUCCUGUGUCGCACCAGCGGACGAAAAAUAAUUUCCACAAUUUCUGAUUUUUAAGCGAUGCAAUUUCUCACCUGAAGACAAUUUGACCUGCAAAAGUUUUCGGCCGAAUCCAUUCCACCUUUACUGAUUUCUUAUCGUUAUUCAGCUUAUGAGUGACGGCAUUCUGUCAUUGUUGAUUCAUCCGCCAAUCAAUUGGGGGAAAAACAUUAAUUUCAACAUUUUGUUUGCAUACAGACGUUCCCAUUGCAUCAUCUGCUACGAUAGCUGUUGCAGGUGCAAACGCCUAUACCUGUUUCACUAAUUGUGUAGAAAAGAAUUUUGUUUUACCUGGUCGCCAUCGAUGCAGCUGAUUAGUCUGCCGUCACUGGGCACCUGAAAGAUGCCGAUUGGUUUGGCCGUGGUUGAAUUGUCAUCCUUGUCGAAUGCCAUGACAAGGAAACCUGAUUUGAAUUGAUACGUUCCAUUCAUGUUACAUUACCGUGUUUCUCAAUCGGCAAGUCAUUUACCUUUGAACGUAGUCACUCCAUUACGAGCCCGUAAUUCAAGACGCACCACAUUGUCCACCAAGACAGUCUCCUGUUAAUGAAAAGACAAUCAAAAUAGUUCGUGAAAACUGUCUCGUUUUGUCGUGUUAUACCUCAUUAAAAAUGUGCGUAAAGAAAGGAGACGUGGAAAGAGGCUGUGGAUCGACAGAAUGUCCCGGUUUCAUGGUUGAGCAGGAAGCAGUUGGUGCUCCGUUAGGAAAUCCAUCGACGCGAAUAAUCAAUGGCAGAAUGAGCAACCCAUAGGCAGCAAAAGCGAAUACGUCCAUCGUGGAUGGGCACGUUUUAUUUACUGAAACUCCGUGUCUUUUUUUGGUUUUAAUAAAAGUCGACCCGGAUUCGUCAGUUCAUGCACGUAUUUCAACGAUGGCCAGGAAAUAGAGGUUACUUCUCGUUUAUCGCAAACAAUUGCAGUAGGUUCAUUAUUCAGUGGGACACCAACUUAGUUCUAAUUGUUUUCCCCACAGUGACAUUUUUUGGUUUGUUCGUUGUAUUGGUUAGCGGUUGAACGUAUUCCGUUUUAUAUAUAUGUCCUAGUGCUGUUUAAUCUAACAUCGAUUCCGUCCUGUCGCAAUGUCCUGUCAAAUACCCCGUACUGUACAAUAGUGUUGUGUAAAGCUUUUCCUCUUCUUAUUUAACGAAUAUCCGUCACGCGGGAUACGCAACAUUUAAGAUAUUUCUUAGCAUUUGUGUAUUUAGAUGUAACGUUUUUGUUCGUGCUGAUAAUCUUGGAAGAAACUCAACAACGAACUUGACUUCUCUUAGGUUUGUUACGUUGGUUCCAGGUAGACGUGGAUGUAAUGCUGCCAUCCACGUUUCGUUUCACGCUUGAGGCCGGUCCCAAAUUCUGCCAGUUGUUUGGCAGUUCUAUCGUCGUUCCUCUCCAAUGAGUAUUCGACGUUCCAUCCGGCCGCGUUGUCCUUACACACGUCACUUCCCAUCCCGACUCUCCUGCGUUACAUAAUUGCAAUUUCUUCAGUAAGGCUGUUACAAAAUUAACGAUCGAAUGGUUAAUUGUGUUAUUCAAUAGCUACUGACCACGAGUUGCCGAGAUGAAAGCCAAGAGAAAGAGGCAGCAAACCCCGAGUUUCUUAAUAGUCAUUUUUCAAAUAUAAUAAUGCGUUAGUUAUAGUUGGCUCAGCAAACCAAUCUGAAGAAGACAGAGCCGUUCGACUUUGACAACUGGGAACGAAUGUUUACCCAGCGCCAGUUUUAUAUGCCAAUGGAUUGCCGUCUUUAAUAUUCGAACAUUUUUUUGCGGUUUUCUGUCAAACUUGUGGUAGCAGUUGCUAUCGAAUCUCCACAUCCCGAAGAGGUGGUCGAGAGGCUUAUACCUCUUUAAAAUAAUCCAAGCACUGCACUAUUAUUGUCACAUCAUUUUUAUCUGAUCUCGGGCAUCAGUCUAGAAUAACCCAACUAUAGAACCGUUUCAAGAAGAAACUCGCCUUAUAUUUUCUAUACUGUGGAUCUGAUAGAAGCAUCGAAAUUUAUUUUGGUCUUGAGCAGCACCGCUCGUCAUUAACAUGAGGUGUAAACUUCGUGUAGAUUGGAAGCAACUAGUAAGUAUACCUUUUUCCACAUCCGGUUCCUACACAAGUACACACUGAUCCGUUCGUGUAAGUUGCAUCCUGGAACGCAUUUUAUUUCUGCCUAGCCCCUUAGCUCUGCAAACCAAUUUCGUUAUUUACAUCGUAUAGUGCACAUGUGGCGGCACAAACUGGGGCGGAUGCUAAACACCUGGUGCACAGGUUCGAAACUUUGGCCAACAUUGCUCGGUUUCCACUCCAAUAACUUCAAAAAUGUUCUUAUCAACUGGUGUUUGAAAAAUCCAGAACUUUACAGGUUAUACGUGAAUACAACACGAUGGGUUAUUGAAGCCACCUGAAACGCACAUGUGCUGCGCCAUCUGAUUAACACCCAACAGAAACGCAGCAGUUCCAACGAAAAAUAAGGCAUUAAUCAUAACUGUCUAAUCCCCCUCUUGCCAUUCAGUUGUGGGUAUAAGAUAGCUUGCCUCGAACGUCGUUUAGUCAAUUCGUAUACGUUCCAAUUGAUGGAACUGCUGCUUCUUCUUCUUCUCUAGUCACUAUGAAGUACCUGGUGAGUUUGAUUGUUUUAGUCGUCAUCGCUGUUGUCGUCGAGUCCCACGCAUCCUCCGACGUCGGCGCUCAAAGGCUCGGUCGGAAGGGUGACGACACCCCAAAAGGAUCGACGCCCAAAGGCUUGAAAGGUUCAACGCCUUCCGGAAUAAAAGGAUCCACCCCGAAGGGACUCAAAGGAUCGACGCCAUCCGGAAUAAAAGGAUCAACGCCUAAAGGAUCGAAAGGCUCGACUCCUUCUGGAAUAAAAGGAUCCACCCCGAAAGGACUCAAAGGAUCGACACCGUCCGGAGUAAAAGGAUCAACACCUAAAGGACUGAAAGGGUCCACUCCUUCACGAAUUACACGAUCGACAACAAGACGUACGACUGCAUUUUCUGGCUAAUUUCUGAAUGAAACUAAUCUCCCGUUUUCUUCUACCCCAUUUAUACGAUUGUCUUGUCAUGGCUAAGAAAAUGAUUAUUUGAAAAAUACCCUCUCUUUUAUGAUAUACCUAAGAUUACAUUGGAUUGUUCUUAUUGGCUUAAUUGGCGCUGUAUAGUUGAUGCUUUCAUCAAUACAUCAAGUUAGCUGCUUCAA